UCGGGAGAGAUAGUAGUAGAAUUCGUGGUUCCGAGCUUCCAUUGGGAUUUGGAGGGGUGUGGACCGCAUGUCGUCUGGGGUCUCUGGCCAGGGUCGGACACCUGAGACUCAGGCGCACAGCAGAGGGGUGUGGGGUGUUGGAAGGGCACUAGGAGUCGGAUUAAGGGCGCUGCGGGCCAGAUUCCUCACGCUCGCCAUCGACGCCGCGGUGUGGGAACCUUCAACUCUCUCCGAGCGCUGUGGAAUCUACAGAAGGAAAACGAGCAAUGGUGUGGUUGAGCGCAGAAUCAGAUGAAUUAAGUGAGGCUGCGCCCGCGUCGCUAUGGGUUCCACCACUACUCCGGAGGGAGCGCUGGGCUACGUCCGCGAGUUCACUCGCCACUCCUCCGACGUGCUCGGCAACCUGAAUGAGCUGCGCCUGCGCGGGAUCCUCACCGACGUCACGCUGUUGGUUGGCGGGCAGCCCCUUCGAGCUCACAAGGCAGUUCUUAUCGCCUGCAGUGGCUUCUUCUACUCAAUUUUCCGAGGUCGUGCAGGAGUGGGGGUAGACGUGCUCUCUUUGCCCGGGGGCCCCGAAGCUGGAGGCUUCGCUCCUCUUCUGGACUUCAUGUACACUUCGCGCCUACGCCUCUCACCAGCCACUGCACCAGCUGUCCUUGCGGCCGCCACCUACUUGCAGAUGGAACACGUGGUCCAGACAUGCCACCGCUUCAUCCAGGCCAGCUAUGAACCUCUGGGCAUCUCCCUGCGGCCCCUGGAGGCAGAACCUCCUACGCCCCCAACGGCCCCUCCACCAGGCAGCCCCAGGUGCUCUGAAGGGCACCCAGACCCACCUACUGAGUCUCGCAGCUGCAGUCAAGUCCCUCCCAGUCCAGGCAGCCCAGACCCCAAGGCCUGCAACUGGAAGAAGUACAAGUUCAUCGUGCUAAACUCUCAGGCCUCCAAAGCAGGGAGUCUGUCAGGGGAGAGGAGUUCUGGUCAACUAUGCCGCCAAGCUGGGCUCUCCAGUGGAGAUGAGGCUUCCAGCAGCAGCAGUGGCAGUGAAGAAGGACCCAUUCCCGGUCCCCAAAGCAGGCUCUCUCCCACUGCUGCCACUGCACAGUUCAAAUGUGGAGCUCCAGUCAGUAACCCCCCUCUCCUCACACCCCUGGCUCAAGAGACCACAGGAUCUCCCUCUGGGGGAGUUCGUCCGCUACCAGGAAGUGAAUUUUUCAGCUGCCAGAACUGUGAGGCUGUGGCUGGGUGCUCAUCAGGGCUGGACUCCUUAGCUCCUGGGGAUGAGGACAAGCCAUACAAGUGUCAGCUCUGCCGGUCUGCCUUCCGCUACAAGGGCAACCUGGCCAGUCACCGCACAGUGCAUACAGGGGAAAAGCCCUACCACUGCUCCAUCUGCGGAGCCCGCUUUAACCGGCCGGCUAACCUGAAAACGCAUAGUCGCAUCCAUUCGGGAGAGAAACCCUACAAAUGUGAGACGUGCGGCUCGCGCUUUGUUCAGGUAGCUCAUCUGCGUGCUCAUGUGCUGAUCCACACCGGGGAGAAGCCCUAUCCCUGUCCCACCUGCGGGACUCGCUUCCGCCACCUACAGACCCUGAAGAGCCAUGUUCGCAUCCACACCGGAGAGAAGCCUUACCACUGCGACCCCUGUGGCCUGCAUUUCCGGCACAAGAGUCAACUGCGGCUGCAUCUGCGCCAGAAACACGGAGCUACUACCAACACCAAAGUGCACUACCACAUUCUGGGGGGACCCUAGCUGAGUGCUGGCCCAGACCCCACUCGCUUCCUGGAAGCCGGGAAUGCUGCGGGCUGGCGCCUGGCUUUCUGGUCAGGUUUGGGCAUGGGGGUGUGCAAGGCCCCUCCAGGGCAGAAUUUGCCACCAUCUUAAAUUCUUACUGGGUAGAGCAGGGGUGGCAGAUCUCGGCUUGAUCUGCUUCUGUUUUGCUGGCCAAAACCUCUUCCCACAAUCAAAAUUGUUACUGAGGAGAGAGCAAGCUGGGAGCUGGAGGAGGGGAGAGGCUGGAGGCCUCCUUCUCUUAAGGGGAUAGCCCUCCACCUGCAGCCCCCAUCUCGUUUGGUUUAUCUGUAAAUAUAAUUUAUUGAGGGCCUUCAUUCUAUUGCAUUUCCCACUUCUUUCUUCCAGAAGUGUGACCAAAAGUGACCUGAAACAGAAUGUGAGGUCAUAGCUCUGCUGGCAGAGAUUAGCACUUGGCUGUCUCCUUUGGCUCGAGUGUUUUAUAUUAUUAUUGUCAUAUCUUUUAUCUUUAGAAUUGUUCUUUUUCCUAUUUGUUUGCUUGUUGGUUUGUUUAAAAUGGAGAAAGAGAUUCUCUGUGUCCUGCCCCUCCAAUUCUAGGUCUGGAACCUUUAAGCUAGGGCAGCUCUGGGAACAUGUGAGUUUGUGGAAUUGGGUCAGGAACCAUCUCUGGUAUUCUGGAUAUUUUAGGUUCUCUAGCAGGCUAGAACUGGAUAUAGACUUUUCUCUGUUCUUCAGGGGUUAUAGGAGCCUUUAUGGUGAGCCUGAAAUGGAGGUAAUACAUGCCUCCUGGAGGCUGUGGGGUCUGAGGGCUUUGAACGGGACUGGAGGGGUGAUUGGUGAGACUUUCUCUUAUGCCCCUAACUGUCCCAUUAGUCUGGUCACCUGGGUUUGGCUCUGCCUUGUCUAUCUGUCAUGAUAGAGUCCACCCAGGGAUUUCAGUUGAGCCCAUAAUCCUCUCACUAGGUCCUGUUCCUGGCACUAAAUUGAUCCUUCCAUGGGGGAGAUAGCUGAAAUUCCUUAUCAGAUAUAAUGCACCCUUUUCUGUUUCCACCCAGUCUCUGAGAUUGUUAUGACCUAGGGGAGAAUUACAAAACUCAUCUUGACUGAUUGGUAAAGAGUUAUGACUCGGUCCUUAACUGCAAAGGCAUCUAGGUUUGAAUGUUCAUUGGGGUUCUCUCUACCUGAGAGGAACUCCUCUUUCUUCUAGUGGGUUUUUGGACAUCUUCUGGCAAGUGUCCAGAUUCCAGAAACUUCUUUGCCUCUGGAAGUCACUGUUAACUUUCUUCCCUUAGAAAAGCUGGGUCUGUGACCUGGUGUUCCCAUCACUGCAUUCCUAUCCGGAACCAGUGAAUGCACUAGAAACUUCCACAGGGAGAGAAAAAGGGCUGAGUUCCAUUCUGGAUUUGCUGUAGUUUGGAUUUUGAUUGGAAUUACCGGUGGGAUUAGGGGUUUAAAAGAUUUGAAGGACUGAUUGAUUGACUGGACCUUCUAGUUGACCAAGUAACCAGGUAGGAUUAAAAGGUUGGCUGAGGGGCACAGUCUCUGGUGUAGGCCAAGUAAGUAGAAAGUUAAGAAUGGGGUUGCCUCUUAACUUGGUGGAAUGUCUGGAAUGUUAGAUGAUACUCUGAAGCUUUGAUUUACAGUCCUCCUAUUGCCCUGGGGUGUGAUUAUGGAGCAUGGGGUGGAGGGUAAGAAGCACUUUGAAUUUAUGGAGUAGAACUUCCUCAGCAUAGGUCAGUACUAGCGGCUGUCACUUGGGGACUAGUGAAAAGCUACUCUUCUCCCUCUUUUCCUCUUCCUACUGCAGAAUUAAAGGAGGGAGGGAAAAGGGAAAGGAGAUGUGAAAAGGAACCGUGAUUUUUUUUUUUUUUUUAGCAGAUUGAAUGGGCAGGUGGAGAGUGCCUAGGGGUGGAGAUGUUAGAUCUUGCAAGAUCAGAAUCAUGGAAUAAAGAAGCCUCUCUGUGCUGCCUGCUGUGUUGUGUCCUGGGUUCUUGCCUGGGAGAUCUGGGGACUGGGAACCAGUGACUUCAUGAAGUUUCUCCGGAGCCACCUGCAUCCUGCUGCUCUGAAGUCACAUCCUGCCUGGGGUGUGGAAGCAGCAGGGAGAAACCAGGAAACCACUAAUAAUACCAAGAGGCUGGGGGAUGCAUCUGUGCUGGGGAUCUUAAUGCUUGGAACACCCCCUAUCCCCCCCACCACCAAGGAAAAUGGAUAGACUUGGGUCCCACAAAGACAAUAGGGCUGGAGGUGACAGUGAGAAGGCUGUGUGAUCAGA